CUUCCUCCCUCUCCUCUCCCCCCCCCCAACCCUCGAUGCUGCCACAGCCCAAGGAGGCAGAUGCAGAGAAGGCCCCCUCAGAGGAAGUCAGCCCCAUGCCGCAGGCAGAAGAGCCCCAGGAAGCGGAGCGGAGGGAGCCUUCUGCCCCGCUCACCUCUCAAGUCUCGGAAGUGGAGAUUCCCAGCGUGGGGAAGAUCCUAGUUAGAUCGGAUGCGGAUGGCUAUAACGAGGAGGUGAUGCUUAGCCCCGCCAUGCAAGGGGUGAUCCUGGCCAUUGCCAAAGCGCGUCAGACCUUCGAUCGCGAUGGGUCUGAAGCAGGGCUUGUCAAGGUACUACUUUGCACCUAAGCGCACGUGUCUCGUUUCCUCCGUCCACGAGGGAUGAGGCCUCUUCUCCGGCUCUCCUCCUUCCCCUUUUUCUCCCUUGGAAUGGGGUGGAAGGCAGGAGCAGGCGGUGCCCAGCUGGAGGCCGGAUUCUGCACUUUGGCCCCACCCGGCCGACCCUUUAGGCACAGAUCUUUAGACCAAUAACUUUGAUCCCAAACAGAAGAGGGGGACUUUCCUCCAGAGGGGAUUACUUGCGCUGCCUGCUAAUAGCAAUAGCACCUAGACUUAUCUACCGCUUCACGGUGCUUUUACAGC